AUGCGCGAGGGUGGCUGCAGCGAAUCCAUAAAAAAUCGCGAUCCGAACCAAGAAAACGGGCAGAAGGGAUAUGAUCAAGACGGCAAGGGAGCAAAGGAGAAAGUGCUCCGGAACUGGCUCCGGUCGAUCCGGACAAAGUUCAAAUCGACGUAUCGCAAGGGAGAAGGGAGGAAAGGAGGGUAG